CGUCUCCUUGGUUCGGGCUUCGUCUUUGCUUCCGUUUACAAACUAUUUCCACCGUAUUACAGCAGUGAGUUGCCCUCGCCUCUGCCAGAACUGCCAAAUGUUCUACCCUAUGUAGUCGGGCGAGUUGUCAAGCAUCUCUUCUUGGCUCUUCUGGCUAGUUAGUGCAUCUGCACCGGUAUGAACUUUAACCAACUUUUCCGUUGUUGUCACUGAGAACGACGGUGUGUUUCGUGGUAGACGGUCCCGUCCUGUCCCCAGCAACUUCCUCGUCGGGCGGUUCCUUCGGGGAGAAACUAACUGUUCGUACGGCUGUUCUGCACGCUGGUCACGAAUGGCAGCGAAAAUGGCCGCAGCAACGCGACGACACUUUGACCUCUUCGUUAUCGGAGGCGGCAGCGGAGGCCUUGCGUGCGCUCGACGCGCGGCAACGUACAACGUUCGGGUGGGUCUGGCCGACGGCAACAGACUCGGAGGCACCUGCGUAAAUGUCGGAUGUGUUCCGAAGAAGGUCAUGUGGUGUGUAGCGUCGGUCCACGAGACACUGCACGAAUUGAAGAAUUUCGCUUUCACAGUGAAGGAGCAACCGACUUUCUGCUGGCGCACGUUGAAGACGAACAGAGACAACUACAUAAAGAGACUCAACAACAUUUACCUGAACAAUCUGAAGAACAGCGGCGUGACCUUCUUCCCUGCCUACGCAAGAUUCGCAAAGCCGGAGGCGAAGACCGACGGCGGGCUCGCCCACGCAAUCGUUUUAAAAAGUGCAGAUGGAAACGAAGAGACCGUUACCGCUGACCACGUCCUCAUCGCUUCGGGUGGUCGGCCUGCAAAAGCUGGAAUCGAGGGAGAAGAGCACACGAUCAACAGUGACGGAUUCUUCGAGUUGGAGGAAAUGCCGCAGAAGGUUGCUCUCCUCGGCGCAGGAUACAUCGCCGUGGAAUUCGCGGGCGUUUUCGCUGCGAUGAAGUGCGAGACUCACCUCUUUGUCCGGCACGAAAGAGCUCUGAGGAAAUUCGACGACAUGAUCAGCAUGCGUGUAGACGAAUUUAUGAGGAAAGCCGGGGUACAGAUCCACCCACACAGCGUCGCGAAGGCGGUCCGCCAGGAGGCAGACAAGUCGCUGACUUUGGAGUUGACAAACGGAGAAUCUUUUCGGGGCUUCGAUUCCGUUAUUGUAUCUGUUGGCCGCGUCCCCGAAGUCGCGAAUCUGGGUCUCGACGUGGUGGGCGUGAAACAACGGCACGGAGGGUACAUCGUUGCAGAUGAAUUCCAGAAUACCUCUGUCGAGCAGAUCUACGCUGUCGGAGAUGUUAGUGGAAAGAUUGAACUAACUCCCGUUGCGAUAGCGGCCGGACGGCGACUCGCAGACCGCCUUUUCGGCGGCCUUUGCAACGCCAAGCUCGACAGCGCAUGCGUGCCUACCGUUGUUUUCUCGCAUCCUCCGGCCGCAUGCGUGGGCCUGACAGAAGCGGAGGCGAAGGCGACCUAUGGGGAGAAAGACAUCAAGGUGUAUACAGGAACAAGUGUGAACCUUUACUACGGCGCCUGGCCCGUCGCUCCCGAAGAAAAACCGAAAACGUUCAUCAAAAUGAUCUGCGUGAAAAGCCAGAUGCUCAAAGUCGUCGGCCUCCAUGUAGUCGGCAUGGGUGCAGACGAAAUGAUUCAAGGAUUCGGUGUGGCGAUGAAAAUGGGAGCGACUAAAGCAGACUUUGACAACUGCGUGGCUGUUCACCCGACCGCUGCUGAAGAGGUCGUUACUCUGCCUCCGUGGGGACUCUCACAUAAAGAUUUGUAAGCAGAAACACACAAAGUCUUGUUUCUCCUAUGAUACAUGUAACUUGUGGCACCGGGCAUGUGCGUUUCAUAGAGAUCAAAGUCGUAGAAAACAUCCUUAUCACGGCAGAUACGCCGGCAGUCCCAGCUUGUUGCCGGAGCCUUGAUGGGCUUCAGAGAUGUUUGCUUUCUUGUUUUUCGGCUGUAAUUUCGGCGG